AUGCCCUACUUCUGUGAGAGUGGCUGCGGGAGGCUGGUACAACCUCGAUCGAAGGAUCCGGACGUGUGCUCGUAUGAGAGAGCUUGGUACGGCCUGCAGUUCUCGUGCUGUCAGUGUGUCCGGUACACUUGGCACGAGUACAGCCGUUACGCCUGCGGGCAAUGCAAGCAACGAGCGCUGUCGCGGGAGCCUCCGCGACUGAAGGCGGACUUCUUCAUCCCGGACAUGAACGUGACGCGCACCCUGAGCUCUGCCUCCAUCAUGAGCGAGACCGAAGAAUAUGUGGAAUCGCUGUUUGACGAUGUUCAUGACUUGAGCUCGAGUGGAUCUGGUUCCAGCAGUGAGAAAGGCGCGCGACAGCAAGAGUCUAUGGAGACUUCCGUGGAUGUUUCUCCUCAAGGAUCUCCGAUAGCGUUUGACACAGAGAUCGAAGAGUGUGACAAGAGCGAAACGUACAUCGUUCCAAGAAAGAAGAGUGUGGACCCCAAAACGAAGAUGCCCCGGUUAAAGUUGAGUCGCUCGUCAUCAUAG